GGUCAUGAAGGAGGCGGGACUUCCUGUUAGCACUCACUUUGCUUUGCGGCCUCCUGGAUUGAAGGGCACCGGUUCGGUUAUAGAAGAGGUUUAGUGUGGAAGCAUCAUGGCUGCUCAUGACGCUGGAGCUCAGCACCAGUACACCGGCAUCGCCAAGUACUUCAACUCCUACACCAUCACAGGAAGGAGGAAUUGCGUCUUGGCCACGUACGCCAGCAUCGCCGCCAUUCUCCUGUUCUUCAAACUGAAGCCCAAGAAGCAGAAGGCUGUGACGGCAAGCUAAUGUUAUAAAAGGUUGUGUGACUUUGCUGUACAGGAUGAAGAUUCAGUAGCUGGUUGUCUUCAGUCAAAUAAUGUUAAAAAUAAAACUUGUACCAAAACAAUACAUAA